AGCUCAUCUUCUCUUUUACGAGUUUCACUUUCACGAAAAGGAUUAAGAACCAGAGACUGAGAGAUCGAUCGUUUAGGGUUUCGGAGAGAAAAAGAGAGAGAGAGAGAGAGGAUGAGUAGCAGUUGGAGCAGAAGAGUUGGGAACGUGAGGACGUUCGUAGGUAAUUCCAUGGGAGGAUUAAGAGGUGGAGCCAAUUUGGCAUCUUGGGUUGUGGCUGGAACUUUGGCUUACUAUCUUUGGGUCAAGCCUUCUCAAGAUCUCAAGAGAGAGCAGCAAGAAAGAGCCGCUCUAGCUUCUUCUGAUCCUUAUCGCUAUAUCGAGAAACGGAAACCAAUUCCUGAUCCACAGGACAAUGGUUUGAUAUACGGGAAGAGGAACGUAAUUGAUAAGGAAGAGAAGUAAAUUUUCAUUUGUAGAUUAAAGUUAGAGAAUUUAUACACACAAGUUUUUUUGUUUCCCUGUAUUAUUGAGUAUUAUAAAUAUUUAUAGUAAAGUUAGAGAAGAUAGUGAUUGGUUUGCAUUUUAAAUCAUUCUUGUGAUAAUAAGAAUAAGAUAUGACCCUGCUACUGUUGCUGCCACUAUGUCCCUCUUCUUUUGCUGUAUUCUAUUAAGAUGAAUAAAGUGAAGUAUUCUCUAUGAUA